AUGGGCUCAGUAGACAAAGUCGAGGCAUGCCGCCAGGACGGCGAGGGCGGUGUCGAGGUCGCCGUGGCGCCCAAGACUAGCCGCGUUGUCGGCAAGCUCGACGUGCUGGUGCAGGGUGUGGCUCUUUUCUCGGAUGGUUACAACAUCCAGGUCAUCGGCUACAUGAACACUGUUCUGGCCAAGCUGUACCCCAAGGAGAUGACCACCGAAACCAAGACGCGGCUCUCCAACUCGAUCCUGAUCGGUGACAUCUUUGGCAUGGCCAUCUUUGGACUGCUGCGGUUGGCACCACUGCUUUGA